ACUGAAAUGUUGGGAAUGCCCUCACAUUUAGAUUCACACAGGAUUCAACUGAAAAACGUGACUGAGGUCACUAUGUUUAUAUUAACAGGCUUCAUGGCUGAUUUUGAGAUGCAAGUCUUUCUGUUUUUACUGUUUCUGGCAAUUUAUCUGUUCACCCUGAUAGGAAAUUUGGGGCUGGUUAUAUUGGUCAUUGGGGAUUCCCGGCUCCACACGCCAAUGUACUACUUUCUGAGUGUGUUAUCCUUCUUGGAUGCCUGUUAUUCCUCCGUUGUCACCCCCAAAAUGUUGGUCAAUUUCUUGUCAGAGAACAAGGCCAUCUCGUUCAUUGGCUGUGCCACCCAGAUGUUUCUCUUUGUGACUUUUGGGAGCACGGAGUGCUUCCUCUUGGCCGCCAUGGCUUAUGAUCGCUAUGUAGCCAUCUACAACCCACUCCUGUAUUCAGUCAGCAUGUCACCCAGUGUCUAUGUACCACUCAUAAUUGCUUCCUAUGUUGGUGGCAUUUUGAAUGCUUCUGUGCACACAGGGGCCACAUUCAGCCUGUCCUUCUGUGCAUCCAAUGAAGUCAGACACAUCUUCUGUGACAUCCCCCCUCUCCUUGCUAUUUCUUGUUCUGACACGCACAUAAACCAGAUCCUGCUAUUUUACUUUGUGGGAUCAAUUGAGAUAGUCACUAUCUUGAUUGUCCUGAUCUCCUAUGGUUUCAUCCUGUUGGCAAUCCUGAGGAUGAAGUCCGCGGAAGGAAGGAGGAAAGUCUUCUCUACCUGUGGCUCUCACCUGACUGGGGUGUCCAUCUACCAUGGAACAAUUCUCUUCAUGUACGUAAGACCAAGUUCCAGCUAUGCUUUGGACCAUGACAUGAUAGUGUCGAUAUUUUACACCAUUGUGAUCCCCAUGCUGAAUCCCAUCAUCUACAGUUUAAGGAACAAAGAUGUCAAAGAGGCAACCAAAAGGGUGUUGGGGAAAAUUUGGUGUGGCAAUAGGUCUAUUUUUCACACUGACCAUUAA